CACUGGUUUGAGCUCCGACCAACCGAUUCGAGCUUGUGCAGCUAGUUCAGUGGAAUUCAUCGCCAUUCAAAGACUCGGGGUGCCUUUCGUACUUCAGCUUGACUUGGUCCACCAGAUUUCCAGCAUUGCCUUCACUCAGGUCCCGGCCCAAAACCAGCUUUGGAUCUUCCCGUGAUGGCAUGUGUAGUCUUGCCGAGCGGCCGGCAAGUGCUGUCUGCCGAAGACUUUGCUCAGUGGUGGGAAGAUCACCGCGAGCUCCGUGAACGCGGCGCAUGUUUCGUAGACCUGCUGAGGAAAGAAGUCGCACACCGCGAGGGGCUCCAUUUCCGUCAGCUGCGGCUGCUUCGCGGAGAGGACGUGCUGGGCCAGCAGGAUCCCUGGCUCAAGGAGCCAUUGGUGGCCGUGGUGCAGCAGUACGUCAAGGCCAAACUGGGGCCCUCCAUGAAGCUUGUCCAGGCAGCUCGCACCGGCGAUCAUGCCGCCCUUUCGAGCCUUUUGGAUGAGUCAUAUGACCCAGAUUCCGUGGACAACAAUAUGCGCACCGCUUUGUGUGUGGCCGCCUCUUGCGGUCAUGAAGAGGUGGUUCAUCUCUUGCUGGAGGCCGGCGCUGACACCAAGAAGGAGGACCGGGGAGGUGUCACGCCUUUGCAUGCAGCAGCACAGCAGGGCCAUCAGCCAGUGGUACAUCAGUUGCUAGAGGCUGGUGCUGACAAGGACCGCACAGAGUUCGGCUUCGGGCGCACGGCUUUGCACGUUGCCUCCCUGCAGGGCCAUCACCAGGUCGCCAAAUGCUUGCUGGAAGCUGGGGCGAGCAAGAACGAGAAAGAUGAGGACGGAGAAACCGCCUUGCACCAUGCCGCACGUCAUGGGCAUUUGGAGGUGGUGCGUUCCUUGCUGCAAGCUGGCGCGGAGAAGCAUUUGACAAACUUCUUUGGCGCGACUCCCUUCCAAGAAGCCACCACUGAGGAAGUCAAGGCUUUGCUCCGCUCCCACAAGAUGGAAAAGAUGUCGAGAAACAAACCUUUGCAAGCAUAUGGAUAUGUCGCAGAUGCGGGUUGGCUGAACCCGUACCCCAACUAUGCCCAACCUGUUCUCCUCCCUUUCCGUUCACCAUGGCCCCAGGGAAGCUAGAAGGGAGAUAUUUCUUCCUAAGCACAAGCUUUUGCUGAGAUGCGGGCCCCGUAAAGUGUGUAAGUGCUUGCA